AGAUUUUCGGAGCCAGUCGACAGUCGUCAGCCGUCGACAUCCGACCGUGUGCAUACACCGUGCGUAUCGCGCUACGCGUCCGACACCAGAGUCCGUUUUUCGUAUUUUGUUUGAUGAUAAUAAUAUUAUAAUAUCGAGUGUAAAAAUUAGAAUUCGUACGCCGUUCAUAAUUAUUAUCAUUUUACUGGCGGAAUAAUAAUAAAUCAAAAUUCUGGUCGACGGUCUCUGCGUGCCGAGCGAGAGUAUAAUAAGUGCGAGUGCGGAAUUAAAAUAUAAAAUUAUCGUUAUUUCCUCACAGUUUGUUGUUGUAAAUAAAAAAAAAAAGUGUUAUUUCAUACGGUGUGGUUAAAUAAUAAUAUACGUAUGAAUUUUGAAAAAAAAUCCAUUGGAAUGAUGUAAUGACAGCGCUCGCUCGUUCAAAUUGAUAAUUGUUGAACAGCUGUGCUGAAGAUGGCUAUCUCAUACUUCAUUACCAUCAUGUGGAUGCUCUCAUGUCUGCUGUCGGGCAUGCUGGCGUCCUGCUUCGGGGAAGGACUGGCACUGGUGGACGCAGGCACCAAUGCCCUGGUCGACCGUAACCAGGUGAUGUGCGAAGACGUCCGACUGAAGUGCGCAUUCGGCCCGGGCUGUUCGAUGGCGCUGCACAACUACUUCGCCAAGUGCGACAGGAUGCUCCAGGCUGACUCGACCAAGUGUCCAGAAUCCUGUCUGUUCGCGCUGGUCGCGCUCAUAUCCACCGAGGACGGCAAACGGAUGUUGGACUGCACUUGCCGGGAUCGCUACUGCGAGGAGAUGAAGGCCCGCGUAGAGGUUUGUCGGCCGUUUGUGUUGGAGGCGUCCAAGAACGAGACAGUGGUGCCGUGCGAGUUGGCCAAUUGGGUGUGCACGGUGGAUCCGGUGUGCGCGGCCGCUUUGGGUUACUAUCAAACGUACUGCAGACGGAUGCUGCUUGGCGUGGCAUGCACGGAGCGGUGCCUCAACUCGGUGGAGAUACUUCAGCGGCAGGAGAAGGCGUCCAAGAUGAACCGGUGCAGGUGCACCGGAAGGACGGCGGUUGACUGUCUGCGCCAGAAGGAGCGCAUGGUCAGGCUGUGCUACGGCGGUGAGGCUGACCCGAGGCUCCAACAGCAGGUGCCGACUGGCGGCGGUAGCGGAGGAGGCGGUGGCGGAAACAAAUCCGGUGGCCGGAAGAACCGGAAGAAGCACCGUCCCAAGAUGUUCGACCUGGACCCGGACAGGGCCGAGGUGGAAAUGAUGAUGGCCAACGCGGACUACCAGCCGGAUGUCCGGAACAGGUACAAAGCAACGGACGGCAUCAGUUUCGACGACGAUGAAUUGGACGACGAAGACGACGACGACGACGACGAAGGGUCAGGGUCCGCGACGGACUUACUGCCACGAGCGCUGCUGGUGGUGGUUGCGUCCGCUUACCUAGUCUGGCGAUGAUGAUCUUCACUAUUGCAGAAGCACGGAAUAAGACGCGCUUCGGUACGUGAACAUUUUUUUUCGGCCGUCCGGAACGCGUUUUUUCGUUUUUGUUAUAUAUACCUAAAUUUCUCAUUAUUUUUCGUGUUUUUUUUCUAUCAUUAUUAUUUAUUCGUAGAUCGGAUCGACUGAAGCGUACUACACAGUUCUUGGGAUUAAAAAAAAAAAAAAAAAACAAAAACAAUUCGGGGGGUAGAAAUUUAAGGAUGGCGCCAGAACGGCGCUUGUUAACUGAUAUAUUACAGACUGAAAUCAAAUCGUUUGAUCGAAUAAGCUCGUCGAGAAUGAUCCCCAGCCUACGAUAAUACGAUACACAGCAUAAUUUACUAAAUGACGUGUUGUGCUAUAUCUAUUGGAAUAUUGUUUUUUUCGAGAAUAUUAUCAUCAGUUCGCAUCUUUUAUAUUUUAUAUCUAGAUUUUUCCGUUUCCGACGACGCGUUCAUCAAAAUCUAUAUAAGGAUUGUGAUUAAAGACUUUUAUGAUAUAUAG